AUGGUGGAUAGUGGAGCCACCACAAAGUUUAUCAACAAGCGAUUCAUUGAAGAGAAUAAGGUGCAGACGCAGAAGCUAAAAGAGCCGAUUCCGCUGUACAAUAUCAAUGGCACCCUAAAUAAAGACAGAAGCAUCUCAGAAGUAGCAGUGCUACAGAUGCACAUAGGAGACACCAUCAAUGCGGUCGUCGGAAAAGGAAACUUCCCCGGCACAUGCUUCGGCUGUGGGAAGCAAGGGUACCGACGCUUCGAGUGCCCCAAUUGUAAGGACAAGCCUUACACAAAACACGCCGACGCGCGGGCUACGGUUGCCUCGGGCUCCACCCAGGCUGCGACAAGCGCCCCCGUCACGACAUCACCCUUAGCAAGUAUAAGUGCCGCUUCAGCGAAAUCCGAGCAAUUGGAGCUGGCGAACUUAAUGGCACAGGUGAAGUCAAUGCGCGAGGAGCUCGAGCACUAUCGGGCGAUGAAGGAGGAGGGUUUUUGA